UUAGCUGGUCGCGAUCCGUGGCACCUCUCCCCACUCUCUCUCUCUCUAUACUUUCCCUCACUGGGGUGGCACUAUUCCACCUGUUCCACUCGAGUAACCGACCGAUCCGCAGAGUUGUCUCGCAACUUUUUUUUAAUCUAUUCUCUUAUCUCCUGACUCUCGUCUUUUCCUUUUCUUUCUCUGCGCGUUUAAUUCGCUGUUUCGAGGCUAUUUCCAGGAAACAGAAAACGACUGUCACGAGAAAGAGAGAGAGAGAGAGACGUGUACUAGACAAAGAUAAUGCAGCAUGAAUGACAGGGAGAACCGCCAGUCCAUGUUGAAUUUCUGCAGUCGACAGAGAGCAGAUCGCUGAAGCCGGAAAAAUAGUCAUGAUCUGUGUUGUGUGUGGUGAAACAUGAAGUGAAAAUAACUCGGAAUCAUGACAUGACCUGUGUCGUUCGUAAUUACGCGAGUUAGUGCCACUUCAGGAUGUCAAUUUGGACCGACCUCCGUGUGCAUUAUUAUGAAGAGUUUUGUGGAAAGAGUAAAGGUUCCCCAUGAUGGAGAUCAAUUUCGCCUGAACUGCAUUUGGACCCUACUUGGACAGAAGAUAUAUAAAGACUUCGCCUGCUGACAGUCUUUCAGGAUACGAUCUCUCUAGGAUAAUCAGUUGCUUAAGAAGAAGCGAAAGACUGCCUCGUUGCGUCUCUGUUUUUCCAUCCCUGCCGAGGAAAAAAUUUGGGGAGGAAGAGACUGACUGGGCCAGAGAGCCGGCGGGGAAGGAAGACCAUUUUCACUAAGAAGAUUAAAAACGAUAGUCUAUUAGGAGUCCAUGGCCGGAGGCGUCCCGAAUUUCAGAUUUCAUUCAGAUAAUCGUUUCGACAUCGGAUUGUUCAGAGAUCGUCGAAAUCUACAUAAGACAGCAAGAUGGCCGACUACGACUCCUCGACGGAGACCCCCAACGUGUCCUAUCCCAGUAACGGGACGGAAGAGUCCAUCAACGACACGGCCGUUAGCAUCCUGGAACUGAUCGUCCCGGAUCCGAACGACCUCCGUUAUCCCUGGAAGACGAUUCCCUUCUUCUACCUGUACAUCACCACCUACCUGGUCACUCUCAUCUUCGGUGUCAUUGGCAAUGUUGCCGUCAUCGCCCUUAUGGCAGGUGACCGCAAAUCCCGCAACACGACCAACAUGUUCCUGGUGUCGCUGUCGGUGGCCGACCUCCUGAUGCUGGUGCUGUGCGUGCCCUUAGAAACCGUCUACUUCUUCGUCGUGCUGUGGGACUCCGGGGGCGCGGCGUGCAAGACGGCCAACUACUUCAUGAUGCUCUCCUUCACCGCCAGCGUCCUCAACCUGACGGCCGUCAGCCUCGAAAGGUUCAUCGUGAUUGUGUUCCCGAUGAGGUCUCGUUCGUUGUGCACAAUGAGUAACUGCCGAAGGUCGGUUCUCUUCGUCUGGGUCGUGUCUCUGGUCCUCGCCUGUCCCAUCAUCAAGGUUAUGGAGAUGCAUUCCGUGCUGUACACCAACCCUUCCAGAACUGUGUGGUUGAAAGCUCACUACUGCAAGCCCAUGGAUUCCCUCGUGUUUCUCACCUACCAGUUACUGGUGCUGUUCGUUGUACCGGCUCUCCUCAUGAUCAUCUUCUACGCUGUCGUCAUCAGAGUCCUCUGGAAGUCGACGAAGAACAUCAAGGCUUUGACAAACUCGUCCAGAAGCAGCGCCUCGUCGGAGAACUACCACCUGAUGGUGGCGGGAGGCGAUACCCUGAGCGUGGGGCGCGUCCACGUCGGGGGCAUGAGCAUGCGCAACGGAGGCCUGAGCGCGGGGGGAGGAGAGUCCACCUACAACAGCUCGGCUUCCUUGUACGUGCCCUACACGGCCAACAGGUCCCGCACGCCCUCGCCCUCCACCGCCCGCCACAUGCCGCCCAAGAAACACCGCGAGAAGAGCGAGGACGUCAAGAAGGCCCGGAAGCAGGUCAUCAAGAUGCUGAUCGUGGUAGUGGUGCUUUUCCUCCUGUGCUGGGGACCUCGGAUUAUCAUGGAAAUCUGCAUCAACCUGGGCCUGCAACAAUUUACUCAAGUUUUCUACAACUUCAAGAUCGUCUUUAUCUUGCUGCCCUUCAUCCACUGCUGCAUCAACCCCAUCAUCUACUGCUUCAUGUCGAAGAACUUCCGAAGGUCGACGAAGAGGAUGUUGCGGGGCUUCUGCGCCCCCUGCCGAAGGCACGGCUGCUGCCCUCGCAGGAGACCCCCUCCGAGGACGCUGCUGAACAGAGUCCUCACCAGGAGCAUCUACUCGUCGUACUCCGCCGAAGGAACAACUCGACAGACAGACAUGGAGACGAUUUCCUCUCUAUAGAUGAUCGGAGAGAAGACUUUUUCUCUUUAGUUUGAACUGAAAACAAAAAACAUGUAGGUUUGUUGAGACUUUAUAACUUUAUUUGGCUUGAAAAUACAGAAUUUCGAUUCAAUGUCCAUUUUAGUCACAUAGACUCGUUCGGAGAGAGAAAGACAAAGAAAGUUUACGUUCAUAAAUACCAGAAUGUGAAAGGAAACCCCGAUUUUGUGCGUGAGAACUGGCGUUGCAACUGCUAAGGUCACCGUAACGGUUUGGGUCAUUUUAGGAACACUUACUAGAGUGGCUGUCGUUGCAGUGAUACUAUAGUGAAUUGGUUUGAAGUGAAUAUAUUUAAAAUUCAUAACAUGACAGUGAUAUUUUUCUUAUUCAGUACUGUAGAACUCUUCAAAUAAAAUUGCAAAUAUCACAAGUGCUUGGUGUUGUCAGAAGAUUGAAGAACGCUUGUCAGAUGUAGCAGUGAGAUGAAAUUUUUGGCAACCUUUCUACUCGUGAUGAUGAUGAUGACCUGUUCUGUAAUCGUGAUUCAAAGUUGUCGAACUUAAAACCUGUUAUUUGAGUAAAUGUACCUGAAAAAAAGUACAGGUCUUCAUGCAGCUUACCUGGAAGAAUACAGGUCUUCAGACUGUUUACUCCAAAAUCUUAAAUAUUGUCAUACAGUUUACCUUGUAAAUUUACAGGUAUUAAUACGGCUUCUCCAAAAAAUUACAGGUCUUCAUGCAAUCUAACUGGAAAAAUACAGGUCUUCAUACGGUCUACCUGAUAAAUGUACAGGUCUUCAUGCAGUAUACCUGAAAAUGUCACAGGUCUUCAUACGGUCUACCUGAAAAAUUACAGGUCUUCAUACAAUUUACCUGAUGAAUUUACAGGUCUUCAUACAGCUUACCUAUAAUAUGUCUGUUCAAAUUUUAGGAUCCAUUGUUAUGUGUUUUGAAACUAUGACUCUUUGAAACCGGUGGUCUCCAGUUCUAGAGGCGAUGUCACAACCGGCACGCUCUCUGGCACCAUUUUUGUUUUGGCACCUCGCCGUCAAACUCUGUACUAAAUAGCCAACUGAAUACGCCAGUGGCCUAGUGGCCCUGAUCGUUCGCUGCGACCAUCCUAUAGCGCCCAUGUGCGGCUUCCAUUUUUCCACCGGUUUUAGUAAUUUAGCUGCUUUGUUAAAAGAUGUCCAAAGAUAUGAAGAUCAUUUUUUAAUUAUCUUUAUUUUCAUAUUUGAUGAACAAGUGAUAUAAUUCGCGUGAAGUAAAAGUUGAAAAAUAUAUUUUUUGUGUGACCACGUUCACGCGCAUGCGUGACUUCAAUUUUCCCGCCAAGACUGGCUAUUUGGUUCAUCUUCAAUUUUCCCGCCAAUACUGGCUAUUUGGUUCAAAGUUUACGUGACACCACUGUAACGAAGUGAAUUUUACCACCGAUUUUUGGUACAAAAUUUGUCCGCCAAACUCCUAAAAGGUGCCAGAAAAUGCGUGCGCGUGUGACACUGCCUUGAAAAGCGGUGACGUGUGCCACUUAACUCGGGGGGGAUUCAAACAGUCAGCUUCAACGAACUUCCGUCUGAUAAAGCGCGGCAUUGUGUUGCUUUCGAAGGGAAGUGAUGUCAUGCUUCUCAUAAUCGUCUCGGUGUGCUUUUGCCUCGGCAUUUCCAUGCUAUUUAUUGAGUACAGUAUUUAUCGACUAAAAAUCUCCUCCCAUUCAUGAAUUUGGUAAAUGGAGGAAACAUGUCAACAUUGCUUACCUUGAAUCUCAUUACUUUAAUUAGAUUCCUCCCAGUGACAAAUUACAAUACAUCUCAUGUCAAAAUUAAUGUUUUAUAUAUAUUUAUGUAUAUUCUUGUUUAUAUGUAUAUUUGUUUGUGUGUACAUAUUCACGCGUGUGCAGCAUAUGAACAUGUAUAUGUAAGCAUGCUGUGUAUAAAAAUAUACGUAAAGUAUACAUGCAUGCAGAUCAAUAUACAAUCAUAUAUCAGUACUAUAUAAAAAAAGCAUACAAAUUUGCGUAUAUUUUGUACAUGCUUGUAUUUUUCAUUUACAUAUUUAGUCCACAUCAGUAUUCUAUGAAUUUUACAUGGAAUGAGCAAACAGACAUUGUCCAGUCAAACUUUGCAAUGUAACCUUACUGUGUCGGUGUUUAUUAGUGUGAAAUAUCAAUAAAAA